AUGAAGCUCAUUUUCAUUUUAAUGAAAAUAUCAUUUCCUUCCAAGGAGGUAUAUCCAAAGUUUACAUCCGUCAUUUUGCAUGGGCCAACGGUCGAGUGGCGGUGGCAGGGGUGCAAGGGGGUCGGCGCGGCGGGUGGAGCGGUGCCACCCCGCGAGUUCCCCCCCACCCCCAUCGCGGGAUCGAUACGUCAUUUGAGCUGGUCGCCAUGGAGACCGCGAACGGAGCGGGGCGGCGCCGCGGCUUCGGUAUGGUGGGUGCACAGCGCUCCGCGGAAAGCGCGAGACCUCGCCAAAUGA